AUGGGGUUACUCGCCCCCUUCACCACAAUCUCCUCCACCGUCACUCCCGACACCACCGACGACGACAGCGACUGGGCCCACGUCUUGAUCCUCACCCCGUUUUCUGUGCCGUCGAAAGUGCAGUUCUUUAAGGUAACCUCGGCCACGUUCCCUUCCCCCUCGUAUUUUCCCAGGCUCCCGAUGCUGAUCCCGUGCCCGGGACCGCACCACACUCCCGUCACAUUCACCCCCGUGCACCCGUCCCCUAUCGACACGCAGUCGUCGCCCGUCCCGAUAAUCGAGUCCGUUAUCCGCGUGUUGUUGGAGAGGGCGAUGUGGACCCCAUCCGUGUUGGGGCUGUCCCCAGGGGCCCAUAUGUGCACCUGCUCCACAUGCACCUUGUCCGAUGCGUAG